AUGAAACGCAAUGAUGAGAACCUUGAAAUUCUUUUCCCCACCAAUGCCAAAAUUCAACUACAGGAGCAGUUUUAUGGGAUCAAGAUUGCUAUUGCCUUUUUGUGCGGAUUUAUAAACGCUACGUCGGAGUUUUCCUCUAGGGCGGAUGAAUCUGGCAGCAGUGAUGUACAGAAGACCUGA